AUGGCUCCAGGCCCUGUUGUCGAGGAUGUCGAAGUAGAAGUGGACAUAGCCCAGGACUAUGAUGAAGACGAAGAGCAGAGACUCAUCAAUGAAGAGUACAAGACGUGGAAAAAGAAUUCACCCUUUCUCUAUGAUAUGAUCUUGAGCACCGCUCUAACAUGGCCUACUCUCACGGUUCAGUGGUUUCCCGACGUAAAGGAACCUGAGGGAAAGAACUGCCGUAUCCACCGAGUCCUAAUCGGAACGCAUACCUCUGAGGGCAAGCCGAAUCAUCUCCAGAUUGCCCAAGUCGAGAUACCUAAGUCGGUUCGCCCUAAUGCAAACGACUAUGAUGACGAGCGGGGCGAAAUCGGUGGCUACGGCAAAUCUCCGUCUACAGAUGUUACCACAGCCAUGAAAUGGAGCAUCGUACAGAAGAUCGACCACCCUGGCGAGGUCAAUAAGGCCCGUUACUGCCCUCAGAAUCCCGACCUGAUCGCGACAUUAGCUGUCGACGGUAGAAUCCUUAUCUUCGAUAGAACUAAGCAUAGCUUCGAGCCCAACGGUAAGGUUAAUCCUCAAAUUAGCCUUGAAGGCCAUAAGCAAGAGGGGUUUGGUCUCAACUGGAAUCCUCAUUCUGAAGGCGCUUUAGCGUCAGGAAGCGAGGAUCAGACCGUCUGUCUUUGGGACCUUAAGUCGCUACAGAAUGGCAGCACAACCCUCGGUCCUUCUCGCCGGUUCACUCAUCACACUAACAUUGUUAAUGAUGUUCAAUAUCAUCCUAUCUCCAAAAACUUCAUUGGUAGUGUAUCUGACGAUUUAACUCUACAAAUCAUGGAUGUGAGACAGCCGUCUAAUACUCAAUCAUCUUUGGUUGCCAAAGAUGGGCAUAGCGAUGCCAUUAACUCACUAGCAUUCAACCCGUCGACCGAGGUUCUCGUGGCGACCGCAUCUGCUGACAAGACUAUCGGCAUCUGGGACCUUCGUAACGUAAAGGAAAAGGUCCAUACGUUGGAGGGCCACCAAGACGCGGUCACCUCUCUUUCCUGGCAUCCUCACGAAGCAGGCAUUCUGGGCAGUGCUAGUUACGACCGACGAAUCAUCUUCUGGGAUCUAAGUAGAGUUGGUGAGGAGCAACAACCGGAUGAUCAAGAAGAUGGACCUCCUGAACUUUUGUUUAUGCACGGCGGUCACACUAAUCAUCUUGCCGAUUUCAGCUGGAAUUUGAAUGACCCUUGGCUCGUAGCAAGCGCUGCUGAGGAUAAUAUGCUCCAGAUCUGGAAGGUUGCUGAUUCUAUCGUUGGAAAAGACGAAGCCGAUCUUCCGUUGGAUGAACUUGGACAUGGCGGGUUUUCGGGAUCAACAGAUGAAAGAAGAGGAGGCGAGCAUACCCAUACGGCCUAUUAG